GAAAGAUCAGUGUAGAACUAUCGGGAAAUUCUUUAUUGGGAUAGUUUGGAGAAAAGAUGGAAGGAGGAGAAGAAGAAGUGAGCAUCAAAGAGCUAGCUUCGAAUCUCACUACUUACAAAGAGCAGCUCGAACAGGUGAGGCAGCUUUUGUCCGAAGACCCUAGAAACUCAGAAUAUGCAGACAUGGAAAAGGAGCUUAAAGAGGAAUCAGCAUGUUGCUCGAAAUAGCAACACCAUUUAACAGCUGGCGGAUACAGUGGAGUUAGGUUUCAGGUCUGGGAUUUGAAAGGUGUGCUAAUGUGGGUCGUGAUGGCCAGCCUGCUUCUAUCUCCUGAUUUCUCGCGUUCGAUCCCUGAAGUGAUUGCAUUGACAGAGGAACUUCUUGCAACGGCAAAGCAAAAUGAUAUUUCUCUACCAGAUGCUGGAGUUAGUGCUGGAGCAACUGCUGAAUCACCCGAUUUACUAGAGGGUGCUUGGGGGAAAAUGGUUUCAAGGAAUGACCCAAUACAUGAGGGUAAGUUCCCCAUUGGAACAAAAGUUCAAGCUGUCUUUAGUGACGAUGGCGAGUGGUAUGAUGCGACCGUUGAGGCUCAUACUCUAAAUGGCUAUUAUGUGUCCUAUGAUGAGUGGGGUAACAAGGAAGAGGUUGAUCCAGAUAAUGUGAGGCCAAUAGAGAACAAUGCUCUCGUGGAAGCUGAAAGACUAGCUGAAGCUACAAAAAAUGCACUCAAAAGAAAGAUUGAGCUAGCUGCGAGUUCUGAUUUUCAAUCCAAAACUCUACCAGCAAAGCUUAAAAUCGAUCCUAAUGAUCCCGAGGAUGUGAAAAUUGCAAAGCGUAAGAAGAUACAUGCUUUCAAGUCAAAAGCGAGGCAGGAGCAACUCGAGGUUGUACAGAACAAGAAACAGAAUGCUUGGCAACAGUUUCAGACGACUAAAGCCAAAACAAAAAAGGUAGGGUUCUUUACAGGAAGGAAGAAAGAGAGUAUAUUCAAAUCACCAGAGGAUCCAUUUGGAAAAGUGGGUGUGACUGGAAGUGGUAAAGGUUUGACAGAUUUCCAAAAGCGAGAGAAGCAUCUUCAUCUCAAGUCUGGUAAUGGUGAAGGCACUGAUGAAUGAGAGAUAUUUCUAAGGGGUUUUUAAGGUACUAGCUUGAGUCUUUCUAAGAGUUUUAAGGAAUAACUUCUGAAAACCAAAACCAAAAAGAUGUAAACCCACAAGUUUUUUGUGGAUUUCUGCUCUUUUAAUUAAAGAUUAGCUCUCUU